AUGGUGCUUACAAGUGCUCAACGAGGAGACAAGGUGGAAGGGUGGAAUGACUGUCCUGUGGUCAGUGCUAGCAGUCUGACCUCGCUGGUGACCAAAUCAAAACGAACACGCGUGUACCACACUUCAAACAACAACCUGGUUAGCGAUCUCAAUCACGCCACGGUGUCCAGCCCGCCCCCGUCCACCGCCAGUCUUGCCGUGAUCUCUCCGCCUACGCCUCCACCGACGUCUCUGUCAACACUGUCCCUGGAAGUUCCUGCCGAAACUGAAGAUAAAGUGACACCGUUAUUGAAGUCUCUGGAUCCUAAAGAGCUUCUCGAACAAGUCUUAGCGAAGACAAAGCUACUGGACAAAGAGAAGGCGUUCUAUGAAGCAAAGAUACCCCUUGACACGAUGAACGCUACGCAUAAGGAGUUUGUUGCUACACUCCUCGGGCGUGCCUUGAUUGGCGAAAACCUCACAGUGCUCAAAAAGGAUUUGGUAGAGUUUAUGGUGUGUAGUGAUGGUGUCAGUAGCUGGUGCUCGGCAUUGAAGAAGAUCUUGUCAUCUAUUUGA